ACAUCACCAACAUCCCACCGUUACCGCCUCCCCACAUCCGUAGUCCUACAGCUUGCACUCGUACCCUACGCCUCCAAAUCCGCACACACCACACCAAACCACAUAAUGUCCGAACACAACUACAAGUUCAACAUCGCCAUGAGCUGCGGCGGGUGCUCCGGCGCCGUUGAGCGCGUGCUCAAGAAGCUCGAUGGCGUCAAGUCGUACAACGUGUCCCUCGAAACCCAGACCGCCGACAUUGUCACCGAAGAAUCGCUCUCCUACGAGACCGUACUCGAGAAGAUCAAGAAGACCGGCAAGACCGUUAAGUCGGGUGAGGCCGAUGGCACUCCUAGGGACAUCUAAACCCUGCAAAUCAGCCCGAGCGAUCUCUUUACGGCGUAUUGUUGUUUUGGCAGCGACCAAUGGAUACCAUCUUUCGUAGCAACUGAGUCUCUUGCUGUGCUACAACCCAUAUAACAAUGGUGUUGGGCACCGCAAAUCAAAGAAUGUUUUCACUCAUCGCGCGUGAAGAUGCUGCAUCGUGAAGACAGACGCACGCCUUUCAUAUAGCCUGUAAUUGCAGGUGCGACAGAAAAUCCAGCAGACAUGCAUGCGCACUCUCAGUCAUAUUGCGGAAUCAUGAAACCUGUAAAUCAAGACGGC